UGAAGGUGAAGGUGAAAGUUCAAAUUUAGUAAAAAGAGGCUACACAUUUAUAGUCAAUGUAGACUCAGUGUUUCAGAAACCUGGAAUAUUUAAUAAUUAGUUUCUUACUCUGUUUCUGACACAACACAAACAAAUCGGUUCAGUGGAGCUGCAGCACAUCAUUGAUGUUUCAAAAUUACUGGUUUCAGCAGCUAGCAUUUAUUUAAAUCCAGGAUGCCACAAUGGUGAAGAGAAAGUCUCAGAGUGGAGAUGACUAUGAUGGAGAUCAGUCAGUACCACUCCCAAUACAAACAUUCUUUUGGAGACAGACCAGUCCCUUUAUUAGACCAAAGCAAGGCAAAUUAUGUGAAGCUUCUUGUGUGUCUUUUGAGCGUGUGGUGGUCCAGAACAUUCUUCAUGGCUUGUCUCCUAGUCUUUGUGAAGCUGUCCAAAGUGUAUCCCGUUGGAAAGUUGUGCAGGCAGCAUUCCCACAUUUGAUGCAUGCCUGUUCUUCCCUUAUAACAGCCUGCAAGAAGGGAAAUCCAGAGAAUCGUUUUGGUCCAAGUGAGACUAAGCUUUUGUACACUCUGCAUUGGAUCAUACUUGAUGCUGCCUCAGAAUGUGAAGAUGCUGAUGCUGAGUUUAUGAUUCAAAGGGAUAUAAAGGGCUCUUCACCACACAUGCAUUCUCUGAGUACCAUUCAGUUGUUUGUGUAUCUAUUUGCACCAUUAGUCCACUUGUUACAGGAUGCAGAUUUUGAGUCCCUAAAAUUAGAAAAUGGUCUUCGCUUAUGGCGUCCAUUGUGGGAGUACCAGCAGCCAGAUAUCCCAUGUUUUGCCACACCUGUUAAACCUCAGAGAAGUGUUCUGAAAGCUCAGAGGUCACUUCUCAAAGUCAACACGAAUGCUGCUAAUAUCUAUGUUGGCAAAGGUACAUCCAGGGAGAACUUGUUUUUUUUAAACGAUGACACAAUGAGUAGACAUAGUAUUGAAGAAGAUAUGCCGGCACAUGCUCCAUUGGCCAGGAUGAGUGACAUCUGCACAUUGUCGACAACAGACUCACAAACUGCGACCAUGGAAGUAAUAUGUGAGAACUGUAACACAGUUAUACCUGUGAAGAACAAUGAUGGUCCAACUUGUCGCUGUGGACGUAAAGAUACACUUGUUGCCUUCCUUCCAGACUCCAAUAAUUAUGCUUUUCUGAAACUAACAUCAGCUGUGGACAAAGACUAUGUUAAACAGAAGCUUGCCUCUGCUGUAAAUAGUGGUACAAGGGCUCCCAAUGCAUUAGAUAUACUUAGUGCUAGUUACCUGGAUGUGGGUGUGCUAAGGUGUUUAUUCUGUCUAAGCUGGUCUGAAGAUGGAAUAUAUUGGUCACUACGAUACAUACAUCAGAGAAUGCUGGAGGUGUGCCAUGAGCUUGAAAAACUGGAGUCCAAGGAACGAGCCAGAAGCUCCUCUCUGCCAAUACCUGAUCUGAAUGUGUUAAUGGCCCCACACAAACAAAUGAACUAUUCUGAUACUUUCAUACCCAACACUCCUACCAGUAUGGUUUCAGAGCACCCCAGUCAAGCUCUUAAACAUGUUCCUGGCCUAGAAAUGCGGCGUCCAGCUAUGACAACAUUUCCUAUCCCAGAAAUCCGCAAAGAACCAGCCUUCAAAAAGAUUAGGGUUGUAGAGUUAAAACAGUUCUUUGAUUCUGGGAAAUCAUUUCUUCGCAAAAGAGAUGCCACUGAAGAAGCAAAAGAUGAUGGUGUUCAUGAUUUAGAAAAUGAACUUCACAGACCAGGAAAAGAUAUGAAAGAAAAUAAUGACAAAUAUGUUGAACAUCCAGCAAGUUUGCAAAGCAGAAAAAGUGUAUCCACUUUAAGCCAACAGGAUAAAGAUUCAAUGGGAAGCAGUAGUCACUGUAGUGGACAAGAGUCAUCUGCUUCAUCUCAGGCAGAUCUGCAAAGCAAAUCUGUCAAUUCUGCUGGAGACAAUAACCGCCAUCCUAUCAUUCGUAUUACUGAGCAUAACCCAGAAGUGAAAGAUGACAUUUUGGGAUCUCCAGCUCUAGCUCGUAGUUACACAGAUUCCAACAUAGCCUACAAGCAAGAUGGAGAAGUGCAAGAGGUGUCUGGCUCUAAGUUUUAUAUUCAGUCCAAUGGUCACAUCAAUUAUAAAGUUGUAUUGAGGGCUCUUCACUUUGUUGCCAUGAAGGAACACACCCCCAGGAUAUGUGAAGUCUUGCUGAAUCUCUUGAACUGUCUCCUGGAUCUGGACAUUAUAGAAACCAAAUCUUUCAGUUUGUCCUCAGAAACUCUCUCUGCUAAAGUCAGUACAUCUGGUCCUAACUCGUCUGCUGGGACACCUGAAGGUAUGGAUGCCAUGCACAGCGGUAAGCAGUCGCCAAACACAGAAGGAAUGACAAAAACAAAAGAUGAAAUAACAGCGCACAGUCUAGCUAUGGACAGUCUGUUCAGGAUCUACAAAGCACUUGGUUGUCCACAUGGCUGUGGUGAUGGGGUGGUAGGUGCUCAGGGUGAUCACCUCCGUAUGAAAGGACAAAACUGUUUACAAAGGCUACACAAAAUCAAUCCACUUCUCUUCCACAAGUUCCUUAGAGACAGCAUAAGAAAGCGUCCAUUACAGGAGACAGUUGACUUCUUGCAUGCAUUCCUUGGCUUUUGUUUUGAUCCUGCAGCUAUAUUACAGUCUCCAAUAACACACAAGAAGUCAGUGUCUCAAGAAAAUAUCCCAAGAUUAGGCUAUGCUAACAAUUUUGGCCACAGUGUGGGGGGUGAAGGUUAUCGAGGAGUGGAAGGUGUCCUCAUUGCAAACCUUAUCAAGCCCCUGGUCACCCGAUGUGUUGAGUGUUCUGGUGAAUUGUAUGGCAAUGAAAACAUUAGUUUAUUCUGUGAUGUGCGGCAAUUGAUGGCAUAUGUCAAAGAAGUUCAUGGAGGAACAUUCCGACGGUUGGCCUUAAGUGGACUUUUGGACUCUUUACAGAAACUUAAUAGUAGUGCCAAGAAAGUGCCACUUACUUUAAAGAAACAGGUUUUUCCUAUCCGGAGGACAACAUCUAUAACUUCCGAAAGUGGGGAUGAGAAAGAAACUCCAGUGUCAUCUAAACAUGUCAGUCUACAGAGCUCUGAAGAUGUUAUGAGCAGACGCAAAUCAAAGAAGUCUCUGUUUCGUACCAAAAUUACAAAAUCAUUGAUGUUUCAGUAUGCAGCAAGUGACUCAGAAGUUACAGAUGAGGCAGUUGGUGGGAAAAGUCCAAGAACUAGUAUUUCUGCAGCAGAAGAAGACUCUCCACAAUCUAGUUCAACACCUAGACGUAGAUUUAGUAAAUUUAACAUAGGUUGGAGAAGAGGUACAAAAAGUGAUCAUGAAGAUGAACAAGUUUCAGACCCACCUCCUCUAGACAGACGGGAAAGUCGUAGUGAAGCACAGGUUCAUCGCACUGGGCCAAGUGGACGAGGACGAAUGUCUUUUAGGGCAGCAAGUCAAGCAACCUUGACCUUCCUGAGUGCAAGAAAGAGAAUAGAAGAUGGGAUUAAAACUUUGGGCAAGAAGAUGACACGUAAAGGAAGCUGUGAUGAUUUUUACAAGCAAAGAUCAGGCAUGAAAAAUGAUGGCAAUGUAGAACUAGUGUUUGUUAAAGAGAAGCGCAUGGUGGAUAAAUAUGUGAUCAAGUCUGGAAUGCUGCGUUUCUCAUUCCUCUUGGAAUGUUGUUCUCCUGGUUCAUUGCCAGACCCACAGCUUCUUGCUGCCAUGUUAGAUUUGGAGGCUCCUGUGUCAGCUAGGGCAGCUCUUCUGCUUGAGUGUGCGCAUUUCAUUCACCGAUGUAAUCGGGGUGAGUGGCCCAACUGGAUGAAGUUGAACUUGCCAAGCUUUAGACACACAGUGGCAGCAUUACAAAAUAGAGGUCAGCCUUCAGGCUAUCGCAGGAACCUGAUGUUGCAGAGAGCUGCUGGGCGUAUGUUUUAUGCCUGGGCUGAGAACUUGGGUCUCCAAAUGGAAUACAUUCUUGCUAAAGAGCAUGCAGAUAGACUGGCUGUCAUUGAUGAAGUGAAAGAUGAAAAAAGAAAGAAAGAGUUAAGGAUGGAGGAUGAAGAAGAAGAUUUUUUAGAUGAAGCAUCAGUGAAUCAAAAAGGAAAAGAAUGUCCAUAUGCACUGAAAAUGUUAGCCUGUCUAGUUCUAGUCGAGAUCACAACUUUCUUAAGAGAAACAUUCCAGUAUCUCCCAAGAUCCAGAAGUCAGAAACGGGAACAUAUGUGGGAAAAAAAUGUGCCUUGUCGUCGCUACAGUAGUAUUGUCAGUAGCCCUGGUCACUCUGACAAAAGUUCAGAAUCCAAUUUAGCAGAACUACCUUCUAAUUUUAAUAAUGUUGGCAGUCCAGGGGACAGAAAAAUUAGUUUUGCUGUGCUCACAGAACGGUCUGACUCUCUUCACAGUAGUACUACAUCUUUGUCUGCUCUGGACCCAAAUGCCACAUCAGAGGAUAAAAAAGAAAGGGUUCGUCGAUUAGCUCAAGGCAGACAGAAACUACUGAGACACUUUCGGCGAGGUUCUGGACAUAAUCUUAGUUUCCGACGAAGUUUCAAGCUUUCACGUCCAGAGGGUGGAGGAGGAAGUAUUAAACAUGGUGGCAGCAUUAAGUCUCGUAAAAUAAGCAGUCACUCACUUCAGUCGGAUGCUAAGCUUGUUGAAGAAGACGUACCAGCUGAAGUAGACAAUGAGUCUGUAACCAUGAUGAGCGACGACACACAGGAAUCUCCCAUUGAUAAAGAAAUGGAGCUAGAAGAUGAACAUUUGUACACAAACCUGCCUUGGAUUAAGGUUGUGGUUCAGUUGGCUAAUCUCUCUAAUUUCAUCUGUACUCAUCAAAAUUUCUGCCAUCCCAACUGUUAUGAACGUCAGCGAAGGUCUUGUACUAGGCUGACUGCUGCUCUUCGUAAAAUAUACGAGUCUACUGAAGAAGAUGAAAAAGAUUCUAGCAGCAAGCAGCAACAAGAUAAGAAAGAUACAUUGAAAGAAAAACUGAAAAGAAGGGAAUCUAUCUUCCAAGUGGCCUCACCAAGUGCAAGGAGAAGGGAGAGCACUCCACUGUUAGAGAAGAUCAAGACUGAUGUUUCCAUAACAAAGUUAAAACUGAGUACAAAAAAAGAUGACAAGCCAAGGGAAACCAAAGAAGACCCUCCCAUUCUCAAGUAUCUGACAUCUCAGGCUCAUAGACUUACUCAAUGUCCCAUGGCCAUACUUACUAAGGCAGUGCCUGUUCUUAAUGUGGAACACUUUAUUGACAUAAUGCCUGUUGCCUGGGAGCUCAUGCUAGAAAGUGAUCAGGAAUUAGCAGCAGCAGCUGCUUCAGUGUUUUUGCUAUCAUCGGCGAAGUCCUCAGACAAAGCAAGAAAUAUGAUCAUCAAAGAACUUCAACAUGAAGAAACCAACCAAAGAAUCAAUGCAGUUCUUAGAUUUGGCUCUUUAUGGAAAUUUCGUUAUCAAGUGUGGCCUAGAAUGGAGGAAGGAGCAAAUCUUUAUUUUAAACUUCCCCCACCAAGCAUAGAUUUCACAUUGCCAUCUCCAACAAUUGGUUUACCAAAUCUGAUGGUUGUAGACCCACCGUGGAUGCCUCACUUUAAAACUAAUAUCGAAGAAGUGACUGUCAACCAAGAGGAGACCAAAUCAUUGGUAACAGCAACCACCACCCGACGUAAGCAGCAACAGGAAAUGAUUCGCAAAGCUCUCCUUGCUGAGGAGGAAAGGAAAAGAAUAGGGAGAGAAAAUUUCCCAAUGACCACCAUUCCUCUAGCCCAGCAUGCUGCAUAUGAACCAUUAUUACACCAUGGGGAGGAAGGGCAUGAGGAAGUCGUGCAGGAAGAGAUGUCACUGGCGGCAAGACGUGUAUCAUUGGCCCCAACCAAUCGGGCCAAUAACCAAAGCCGCAGCAUGUCCUGGCGAAACGGCAGUCUGCAUUGGGGUAGACUUGCCGCGGAAGGAGAUGAAGACAGAGUGGAACAUGCACAUCAUCUCCAAACAGCUCAGGCUAUCUUCCCUUCCUGCAUCUGUGCUGCUGUUCUUCCAGUUCUCCAUCUACUAGAUGAUCAUGAUGUCAAUGCAGAUGGAGUAUCUGUUGCUGAAGUAGCUAACAAGGUGAUCUGGGAUUGUAUUGUUGAUGACCCAAUUCUUUUUCUCAGACAUUUUUUGGAAAAACUUACUGUUAAAGAUAGACAGGAGGAGUUGAUGUUCCUGUUACGUAAACUCAUCUUGUAUUUCCCACACAUGCCAGCACAAGCUGCUCACUCAAUCUUUAAUUAUCUGAUUGGAUACAUCAUGUUCUAUGUCAGGACGCCAUGUGAAGGAGGUCAGGAUGCUAUUUCUGGAGCUUUGUCACUUCUCUGGCUGUGUAUCCCAUGUGUUGAAGGAAUCUAUUUCAAAGACUUGAAACAGACUUUGAAAAAAGAACAAUGUGAUCCUUAUCUUCUCGUCUCCGCAAGUGUGGCCAGUGCCAAAAAGAUUUUAGUCCAUGGACCUGAUUUAUCUAGUAUACCAUCACAGCUGCCUAUACAUGAGGACACACAAUUCUCUCAAAUCUUACAAGAAAGUUUGGAGUUUUUCAAUAUUCCUGAAGACCAACAUCACUCUCAUUUUUUGGUGGACACAAAAACACACCAAAUCCAUAGCAACAAUGCCUAUGUCAGAGAUUUUUACUUUUUCCGUAGAAAUUUUUACCCACAGUUAAGUUUGGUGCACAUGAACCCAGAAGAUGCAUCAUUAGCUUUACAGAGAAGGGUGUUUUUGCUGAAGUUUGUUGAAGUUGGUAAAGUUUUAUUACUGCAAGCAAUCAUGAAGAACACAUCACAACAUCAGAUACAAAACCAUGUUUCAUUUCUUCAUGAAGAAUUGACUAAACUUCCAUCUUUCCCACGCAAAGCUUUAGAAUCUGAGUUUGACAUGUAUUCUGGGCAGUGGGGCAAGGAAAUCUUUGGGAUGGAUGCUUUGCAUAAAUAUUCUUGGGCUAAGUUGAUUAGAACUAUCUUCACUUCCAUGUCCAGCACUUUCACCUGGUCUAAUGACCUCAAUCUGUUCAUCAGUGUCAUUAAUGGAACUAUUGUUCUUCAGUUUGAGGAUACUGCUGUCCUGCGAUUCUGUUUAGCCACACUCAUUAAUGCCUCUAGGCAUUUUAAACACAUUUUUGCAACCAAUGGUUUCCUUUACAUCAUGCCCACAUUGGUUAGAGUCUACAGCAACAACCAGGCUAAUCCAGUGUUAAAAAAAGCCAUUCAUUUUGUGUGCAAGCAGUUCUUUAUUCUCCACCGUAAACCAUUCAUUCUCCAGAUGUUUGGCAGCAUAGCACCCAUCCUAGAUAUGCCAUGUGCUAUUGAAGGUGUCAAGAAUUGUACAAAGGUUCAGCCCAACAGUUUCUUUAACUUACUCUUGGCAUUAGAGAAAGAUUGCCCAGAUCAUUUAUCUGUCCUUGACCUAGUUGUUGGGGACAAACCACUCAAAGCUUUGGAUUUCUGUUAUGAGAAUGAUCCAGAUACUUUCAAUAUGAUGGAUCUGAUCAAUAUGUGUGUUACAGUUAUAGCUUAUGCACCAGACUCCUUUCGCUCCAGUCAGAUGUUGACUAUACUUGAAAUGGUGAUUCCUCGCUAUUUGGAAUAUCUUAAAAAAGAGACAAGCAGGAGAGACAACUCGGUAGCUGCGAGAACUGAAGUUGUGGCCAUAACUAAUUUAGCAGUAGCUGUAAGAUCUCUCAUUACAUGCUGUGAAUAUUUUGCAAGGAGCAUGAGUUUACCGCAGAGAUUUCUAGAGGUCACUGGAGUCACAGGAUCUAAACCAAUGCAGAACCACAGUCUGCAUUCACUGACUGUUGAUGAAAGAGAGGAUUCACAUGCCAGCCGACAUAUGGAAGAAGGCCGAAGAAAAACCUAUGGUCAGGAACCAGAUGACCUUGAACUUCGUGAAGAUUUUCGCAAACCUAGAGACUCCCUCUUGUCAAUAGCAGCAGAAUUUUAUUCUCAGUGCUGCAGUCGAUUGAAAGAUCUCAGGAAAAUGUUGGCAGAUCCAGCGUUCCGGUCACCAGAAUUGUUUGACAAUAAAACUCAUAAUCGCCUCGCUGAAGUAGCUCAUACUUUACUCAAACUAGCACCUUAUGAUCCACUUACUAUGGCUUGCUCAGGAUUACAGAGAUAUAUGUUAGAAAUAAUGCCCAACACAGACUGGUCUCAUGAACUAAUAAGGCCUGGCUUAAACUUGAUCUUGAGACGACUGGACAGACUCUUUACUAAAAUAUCCAAGAAGACAGCAUUAAGAAGACAACUGGACUGGGAGGCUGCUGCUAAUAUAUUAAAAGGAGUUUAUCAAACUUUAAGGAAAUUUUCUUUUGUUGCACUUCUUCCUCACCUGAAGACACUUGUGAAUAUCUUGAUUACUAUUUUGUUAACAAGUAAUGGUUCUCAUCUGUUGCUGCCUGAGUCUCUGACUGUACCAACUGGUAUACACCGCAGUGAGCCUUGUGCUCUACAGAUAGAUGCUAGUCCUUUGUUUGUCUCCUCUGUGGUUAAGUUGGUUGCUAUGCAGAUGCAAGCUCUUGGGGACCAAUAUUCUUUAGAGCAAAUCUGUGGCGGUGUUUCAGCUUUCACUGCCAAUGAGAAGUCUCUCAAUUUACUGAUCAACUUUAUACUUCCAUUGUGUAUUAGAGUUGGAUCACACUGUCGAGACACACCAAGGUUGAGUCAUGCUGACAUGACCUUUGCCCUUACAGUCAUCAUUAACAUUUUGAGUCCAAGUGCUUCCAAUCAAUCCAAUCAGAACAACUUCAACAAAUCAACAUACCUCUCUAUUGGUGAAUAUGGCAGGACUCCCAGUGUGUCCCAGACAGAUAAAAGUAUCAAGUAUAUAUCUGAACUACAUCUUCACACUGCACUUGUGGGUCUUGAAAUCUUGAUGGUAUGUUUUGAUAAACAGUUGUCAUCUCACUGGCACCUGGUGGCUAAAACUAUUAUUGGGUUGGCCUCACGAGCUAAAGUGGAUCUACCAAUGUGGAAAUUUGUAGACUUUCUGGUGACACAUCGUCCCUCUCUUUUCAUUUUACUGCAGACAUUUAUUCAAUUUCGGAUGAUGAGAGUCAACUGUGACACAGCCCAGGAGUAUUACUUGCAGCAAACAAUCAAAGACAAACUACAAGGCUAUACAUUCUCCUACCACAAACCAGCAUCUGCCAUUCUAGUCAACCUAGCCAUUGAACUCAGACACUUGCGGGAUGAACUAUCUAAUAGUACUGGAAUUUACAGAUCAAGAGCAGCAACUCUAGCUACUGAACAAUCAGACUACUCUCAGACACAAGUACCUGAUAGACAUACCACAGAAUUAGCAGCUGAAAUAAUUGGCUCCUCAAAGAUAAGUCAUGGGUCACUCAUCAAGCGCUCCAGUAAAGCCACUUUGCUGUCUCAGUCCAGCUCUAACAGUGCUCAGCAACGUUCUCAAACUACAGCAGUAUCCAAUGAACAAAGUCCUUCACUGCAGAGAACAAAGUCCAGUAAACGUAUCACUGCUAGAGGGGGCAGCCAGAUUUUGUUUAAGUUUUCUCGAAAAAGUACAACAGAUGAGCCAGGAGAUUUGGAAACACCCAUUUCUCCAGUGUUACAAAGACAAGGCACCAUCCGUUUCCGUGGCAGUUUAUCAAAACAAAACAGCCAAGAGCUUGAAGGACACAUCUCGCAUGUAGUUUAUGAAAAUGAAGAUCUUGAGGCAAAUGGAAAAGCAAGAAUGGUGACACAGCAGUCUGUACUUGGAGAAGAUCCUAGAGAGCAUAGACUCCAGCGCCAGGAUGCAAAAAGCAGAAAGACUUUUAAGAUUAAAAGAACAAAAACUAAAAGUUCCGUCAGACCAAGGUUCAUGUCUCACCGCCAUCGACCUGAAGUUUUAGACACUAACAUAGGAACUCAAGAAGAUUUAAGUGUCACUCACAUGUCUGUCAACUUCUCGGAGCAAUUACAGCGCCCAUCUUCUGGGUCAGGGAUGGCCAGAUCUGUUGAAACUAUUCCUGAAUCUGUAGAAACUAAGUCAGCACAUGCUCGAUACCUACAACGUUCAAAGUCGCACGAUGAGCCACCAGAAUCCUCUCCUCGAAGACAUGACAAGAACAAAGCUUCCACUCGUACUGGACGAAUCCAUAGACAAGGUGGGCGCAUCAUCCACAGCAGAUCACCCUCCAUCAGCCCUUCAAUCAGCCCUCGGCCCAGCUACCGCCACAAAAAAGAUCAAGUGGACAAUGUGAAACCUGAGAAUGAGCACAAGAACAGAGUUGAUGAGACAGAAUUAGUUACAUCCAUGGAUCUUGAGACUUUUGACAAUGUACUAAACGAAGAGAGCAUUAUAAAUAAGCUGUCAUCACUAGAACGCACACAGGCAGACUCUCAGAAACAUGUCUUUGAUGCAUUGAGCCCUUUAUCUUUUGAUGGUAGCAAGAAAGAUUUAGACAGAGCCUCCAAAUCUGCUGUUGAAAGUUCCAUUUCAUUCUCUUCUCUAGACACUGUCAUUUCUCCCCACGAAGAGAGACCAGGGCUGGCUACACGAGAAAAGGACACUGCUAGGUCAAGGCCCCUUACUUCACCUAGUGCUGCUCCAGAAACACCAACUCGUCGUGCUGCUAUAAGAUUUCCAAGAGACCAAGCUAUAAAGUUGACAAGUUUGUCACCAACUAAAGGUGAGAAGUCCUCUGGUGUGAACUCUAAUGUCAAAUCCAGCCAAAUUGAUUCCAGCUGGAGUGAGUCAGAGAAAAUGAAGAAAGUUGAAGCCUGGACUAACAAGCUGAUUAAUCCCCCAGCGACUCAAGUUUACAUCCAGAAAUAUUCUGCUAAUUCACCUGUCUCUCCAACAUUGGAAUCUCCUGGACAAGUCCCAGCCUACAGCGGUUCAUCAUCACAGACAUCACCCAGCCACAUAACAUCCUUCAGUUCCUCCCCCAAUGACUCCCCCAUUAGAAAACCUUCUUUCAGCUCUUCCCAGACUUCACCAACCCGAAAAUUCUCAUACUCCUCUUCCUCUACAACAGACAGCCCCACCCACAAAUUGUUUUUCAGCUAUCGCAAUUCACCAAGCCACAGACUGGGAUAUAUUUCACCCCAAGAAAGAAAGACCUCCUUUAGCUCAUCUUCUCAUGAUUCUCCUGUCAGAAAACCAUCUUUCAGCUCCUCCUCUGACUCUAGAAAGAAACUGACUUUCAGCUCUACCACCAGUUCUCAGAGUUCUCUCCUCUCAUCCCCUACCAAUGUUCCAAGCCGAGGCCUUGCUUCAGAUUAUAGUCCUUCAAAAGUGCUUGGACACUCGUCUAUAGCAGCUGAUGACAAAACCAAGCAAGGAGGCUUCACUGAUAAUGCUGUUAAAUCCAACACUUCCUUUCACCCCUUAAUGAUUCCUAGAAGCCCUAAAGUACAAGACACCUCUAAUGUUAGUAAGUACAGCAGGCCAUUUGGUUCAAAUCUUGAUUCAGAUGUUCACAAACUGUCUAAUGUUGAGCACAUGUCACAGGCAAGCAAGAUGUCCAAUGUCCCUUCCAAGCCCACCACAUUAAAUUUACAGACUGGCAGGACAGACACUCACAGCUCAUCUGUUCAUGGUCUGGUCAGCAGAUUUGAAAAAUCUGUUGGAAGUAGCUGUACUAAAGGCCCACUGACCUUCAAAAGUGGUGGACCACAGACAGCAACUAGUGACUGUUUGAGCCCCCCUGCUUACACUUACUCCUCUCCUGUCUAUACAAAAUCUAGAAAUGAAACGUUGACCUCCCCUGCUAGUGGCAAUAAUUAUUCCGGUGGAACCUACAAGAUGGAUGUAAUGAAUAAACCAGGUUACAAUCAAAAUGUGCCACUUACCAGUGUCCACACUGACAAUAGAUCUAGCUUCAUGUCUGACCACAGCCCAAAGAACCAAUUGGCUAGUCUGAGUCAUGUUUCAAGGUGUGACUCCUCUGACUCUCUCAGUGCCAAUGAAAGCUCUUCUUUACUCAGAGAUGAAGAGAAAAGUCAGUCAUUGAAUUCUCUUUAUUAUGCUGAUGAAGACAUACCAGAUGCUCUAUAAAUUCAAUAGAUAGAAUCUAGCACUACUGAGAUACUUAGUCCUUCAUUUCAUGGUCAGUAUACAUAGUCAUAUUUAAUACCAGGCAUUCUAUUGAUUUACUAGAUCUGGUAAUUAGUCAUGUAUUAAACAAAUUGUUAACUUUUUAGCAAUAUCUGUUGAAGUUUUGGUUAACCAAUAAUCAUGUGAUAUCUAGUUGUUGUUUUUUGCCAGGAAGGUGAAUCCCAUAACUUGAAAGCUUGUAUUUCUGAAGCAUGUAUCUUGCAUUUGUUUAUUUAUUCAGAAAUGACUGCUUUGUCAAAGCAUUAAUAGUAUUGUGUUCAUUGUUGACCAGAAUGCAUUUAACAUGUUUUCUAUUGAGGCCAUUGUUACAUGUCUGUCAUUUGUUCUUUGUAUUGAACUUCUUGUUGGUAGUAAGUGAUUCAAAAUAUUAGUCUGUUUCUCUGUAAUAGAUCAAGUUUUCAUUUCAAAUUAUUAUUUGAUCAUCUGCUGAAUAGUAUAUCAAUUUAGUAUACAGUUGUUUUUUUUGAGUUCAUUAUAUAUCUAAACUAUUCAUUUAUUAAGUGUUUGUCAUACAAUUUUCUUUUUAUAAUUCUGAGUGAUGUUUUCAAGUCAUUUUGAUAAGUGCACUAUAGUGUUGAAUGAUUGGUCUAGUCUAACUGGUGAACUAGACAGUGUUGCUUAUGACCAUCAUCUGACUAAAUGUCCAGAUCUACUGGGAACCACAAGUUUUGUUUUCUUGUCAUUGGUGAUAGUAUUUUCUGCAUUUGUGAUAUUUUUAACAUAGUAUUGUUUGAUUGUUUACCUAGUUUCAAUACAUCUAUAUAUACAAGUCUAGCUCUAUGUUGAAGCAAAAGAUAAGCUACAUAUAUGUAUAUAGGAUAUAUAUAUAUAUAUAUAUAUAUAUAUAUAUAUAUAUAUAUAUAUAUAUAUAUAUAUAUAAUGAGUAGCCACAGGUAAAUCUAAAAUAUUUUUUUUCAAUCUAUUCAGUAAUGCAGUAAUAAUCUAAUCCACUAUUUAUUGUCCACACCAGACUCAAGAGAUCCAUUGAUGUACUCACAUAGAAACAGAGAAUAAAGAAAUGACUUGUGA